AUAGAAAGAGUCCUGGAAACACUGUGUUUAUCAUUUACCCCCCAGUUUACUCAGUUAUUUAACAUGAAAGAAUAUCAAAAUACAAGUUUAUCUUUCUUUAUAUAACAUAUAUAACAACGUCCUUUGCAGACUGCAGCAAAUGUCAGCGCUGCCACUUUGGGUAUAAAUACACUGCUGUAAUUUUUGUGGGUUUUAUUUUUUCCUUUUUUUUCUUCAUUUUCCGAACGGUUUUGCUCCGCUUUGGCCGCUAGGGGCGCCCUGGCGGCGUUGACGCGCUCUCAGUGGUCGUGCUCUCCAGUUAGGGCUUCUCACGGUGGAUGGCAGCAGAGCCCCGUAAACAGGACUUCAUAAGGCGUGACCUGUUCCACAGUUGUAUUUCCGCUUUCUCCGUACGCUCGGGACCAACGUGAAAAGCCGUAUCCACUCGUUAGCCGGACACUUGUAGCCGUACCUGCGCUUCUCCACCGCGAUGUCGGUCCAAAGUUUAACGCUGACUUACGACGCGCUGAACGAGCACGGGACGUUUUGCGGGGGCGACACCAUAACGGGAUCGGUGACUCUGACCGUAGAAAAGGACAUCACGGUUCAAACCCUCUUUCUAAAGUUUAAAGGGGACGCGAACGUGCACUGGACGGAGAGGAGAGGCGACCAUUCCUACUCGUACGCCGCGCACAGGAGAUAUUUUAAACUGAAGCAGGCUCUGAUUCCGGAGAGCGCGAAGGACACACCUGUUCCCAAAGGAGUCCAUGCCUAUAAGUUCCGCUUUGACAUACCAGGAAACGUCCCUCCAUCCAUCAAGGCAAACCAUGGGAAGAUAGUUUACAAGCUGGAGGCGGUGCUGUCCAGGAGCUGGAGGCUGAACCGUACAGUGGGGAAGGAGAUAGUCUUUGUCUCAAAGUCCUUUCCAGAUUUUCAUUCUCUGAUGUCACAGCAGAUGGGUUCAACAGACAAAGAGAUGGGGCCUUUCUCAAAAGGACACACACACAUGGACGUCUUCGUUGACAGGAGGGCUUAUUUUCCAGGUGAAAAAAUUAUGAUUCUUGCAAAGGUCAACAACUCCUCAUCUCGUGACAUGACACCCAAAUUCAGUUUAAACCAGGAUGUGGUGUAUCGAGACAACUGCAAAGCUAAAUGUGAAGAACUUGUCAUCGCUAAAGCUACUGGCGAGUGCAUCAAGCCUCAAACACAAGUGGAGGCCAGAUGUGAAAUAACUAUUCCCCCUAAUCAGAUGCAGACGGUUCCGAAUUGUGACAUUCUCUCACUGGACUACUUUUUAAAGGUGUAUCUGGACAUCAGCUUUGCAACUGAUCCGGAGGUCAAAUUGCCAGUGAUUAUUCUUCCUUAUAGCUUCCCUCGUGGUCCCCAUCCUGGUUUGCCUACAGGUCCUUAUCCUCCUGGAGGCUUUGGGGCUCCAGCCAACAGUGACUUCCCUGCUCCUGGUGCCUUUGCAGGUCCCUAUCCUGCUUUCAGUGGUCCGAACCAUAGCAACUACCCUCCACCUGGAGCAUUUGGGGGUCCCUAUCCUGCUGGUGGCUUUGGGGCCCCAGCCAACAGUGACUUCCCUGCUCCUGGUGCCUUUGCAGGUCCCUAUCCUGCUGUGGGUGCUGGUGGUCCAAGCAAUGGCCACUUCCCUCCUCCUGGAGCCUUUCCGGCCCCCUGCCCCGCUGGAGGUUUUGGGGGCCCGGUCAACAGUGGCUUCCCUCCUCCUGGCGUUUCAGGUGGUCACACCUACCCUCCAACCCCAAAUUCAGGCUACUAUGGAUACCCGGGAGCUCCGAGCUGUCCUGCACCUCCAGCUGCUUCUCCUAACAAUCCGCCGGCCUAUGCUGGACUACCAGCUGUGAGCCCAUCCCAGCCAGCGGACAUGAAGGGGAGCCAAAGCAACCCAGCACCAGUAUUUGCUCCACCCAGCGUCGAGCCACCCUCUUAUUCGUCCCUAUUAAACACAUCUUCACCCCCUCCAGCCUACAACUUGCUCCCUUCUGCGCCAAUGAUGAGCAUGGACUUCCUGUCUCAAACAGAUGAAGCGCCGGCAGCAUUUUCAGUGCCUCCACUGCCGUCUGACGCCAAAAAAACAGAUAACAAAGAAUAGAGUCUGUUCAGCAGCUAAUGCAGUUGCUCAUCUCUCAUAAGUAGCUAUGCACCGUGCCUUGUGGCUCUCUGGUUGCUCUGACUGGUCAUGGGUUCAGUGUAUUUAUGUGAAAGCAAUCUAUACCUCAGAAGGAUUCUACAUGUCACAUAUUAUUCGGUUAUAAUAUAUAACCAAACGAAUACCGAGAAAUCACUAUUUUAUGCUAUAUUGAUUAUUUUAUGUACAGUACAGUAUAUACUGUAGUAUAUCUGACAUUGGCCUUUCCAGGCUGGAUGCACUGUUACACUAUGGCUUUGAACCUAUAGCUGUUUCUUUACUUCUCUGUUACACAAUUAUGUAAUUUACAUAAACAAUCCAGUAAUCUUUUGGUACUUUAUUAUAAUAUUAAAAGAAUUAUAUAAUUCUA